AUGACAUUCCGAACGCUGAUCCCAUUGACUCGUCAGGUCGCAUUCGCACCCUCCCGCCUCUUUUUCUCUACUUCGAUUUCUCGCCUUAAUAGUGUUGUGUCUGCAACUCCACCUGCAGCCUUGAAUGAAGGCGAAAAACACAUUUAUACCAAGCUUUUUGAAAAGUUUCAACCAAGCAAACUAGUUGUUGAAGAUAUUUCUGGUGGUUGUGGAUCCAUGUACCAAGUUGAAGUGGUUAGUCCAGAGUUCAAGGGUUUGACCAUGGUCAAGCAACACCGUCUUGUGAACGAGGCAUUAAAGGAAGAAAUUAAGGGCAUGCAUGGUAUCCGUUUGACAACUAAGGCAUCUACGUGA